AUGGAAAGUCCGCUGGCUGCCAAGUACUUCAGCCAACGCACGACUCCUGGCAGUUUAAUCAUAUCGCAGGCAACUGGCGUGGGGGCAGAAUGGGCAGCCUGGCCCUGGGCGGCGGGUUUGGACACCCCAGAGCAGCAGCAGGCGCUUUCUCGGACUAUCCGUGCCGUGCACGAGAAGUCUGGAUACUGGUUCCAACAGCUCUUCCAUGUUGGUCGGUGUACCUCCCCGGCGCUCGUGAAGCUGGCGCGAGACCGCGCAGGUUUGCCAAACCCACCUCCAUACUCAUACCGUGGGGUGUCGGCAUCGGCUGUUGCAGAGUCUGGGAUCAAUACACACUCUGGAGAGCCUUUUGGUGAGCCGCAUCCUCUAACGGUCGAAGAAAUCCAUCGUAUUCGAGAUGACUAUAAAAGAACGGCCCAAAGCUCCGUGGAUGCUGGUGCAGAUGGCAUUGAGGACUUGGCGGGGAAUGGGUUUUUACUUGACCAAUUUCUGCAUGACAAUAUCAAUCAACGUACCGAUGAAUAUGGCGGCAGUGUUGAGAACAGAUCCCGCUUUGUGCUAGAAGUCGUGGACGCUGUUGCAGAAGUGGUUGGUUACCAGCGCAUUGGUGUGCGCGUAAGCCCAUUUUCCAACUUCCACGAGACCGAUGGCUCUCAACCGCUGGAGCAAAUACUACAUCUUAGCCGCCACCUGGCCCUUCGUGGCAUCGCUUAUCUCCAUGUUGGAGAGGCUCGCGUGUCUCGAAAUCUUGAUGUUGAAGCCAACCUCAAGCGACUGCUUGAUAAAGGGAUCGAGCAAGACGACCUCUCUUUGCGCCCAUUUCGACGGUUACUUCGAGAAACCCUUCCAGAAAAUCCUACCCUCACACCAACGGUUUUGGUGGGGACUGGUGGGUAUACUGCUGUGACUGGGAUUCUCACAGUUGAGCAAGAUCUAGCGGAUGCAGUGUCAUUUGGUCGACGCUUCAUUUCGAACCCGGAUCUGGUGGAACGCCUACGGUUCGGAUACCCCUUGACCCCAUACGAUCGGAGUACUUUCUACACACAUGGUGCAGAAGGCUAUACGACGUAUCCCACCUACAGGUCGACACAAGUUGGGAUCUCUGAGGCAACUGAUAUAUCCGCGUCUGCUUCUGAGCGCAAGAAAAAGCGGGUGGCCAUAAUUGGAGCUGGAAUCAGCGGCAUCGUUUCCGCCGCAGCCCUGCAGCGUGUUGGUGGGUUUGAUAUCCAGCUCUACGAACGCUGA